GUAUGAUAAAGCUUAAGGAUGGGGAAGGAUGUAUUGCAACGGCUUUUGAUUUUCACGUCUCUUUAUUUUACCUCAUGAGUCAUAUCAUCAUGUUCUCAAGAGCUGAGUAACUGCCGGGUCUAUUUUUACUCUAGUUCAGCAGGCUUUCUUUCCUCGGCAGCUGCUACAGCUGAAGAGCCGAAGGACACGAGGCUGCCAAGAGAGGAGUUCUUGCAAGUCUUGUCUCCACCCCUUUUCCUCUCUGUUGACUCUCUUCUCCUUUAAAAGAAGGAACCACUGAAAGGCAAGCACCUUAAUUCUCUGGCAGGCUAGAAAGCAACACCCAACGAGCUCUCUCCCUGGUGCUGCCUUGGAUUGGAGCCUUUCUUUCUCUUUCUUUCCUGCCAGAGAGAACAAGAACAAGCAGCAAUAAUAAUUCAAGUUUGGAGACUUUGCUGGACUUGGCUCACCUGUGCACAAAGAGAGCAGCUGGAGCCUCCGACUCUCUUUGGGGAAAGAAGCCAAGAAAGAGCAAAGAAGCCCCUCAAACCAAAGACUGGAGAGGAGUUGUAUUAUAAGAAGUCAUAUCAAGGAACCCAGGAAGAUUUCGACUCUUUCCUUAGCCUUUUUAAUACACUGAAGUUGAAUACUUAGAAGGAAUACUGCAAGCCAUUUCGCUUCUGCAAACAUACGCUCCUGUCCUUAAAGGAGGAAGAACUUAAUCCAACGUGUUUUUGCCCCCGGUGUCUUUCCCUAUGCUUUCUUCUCUGUGGAGAGAGCAAAGCAGUAACAGCAAUCUUUUUCCCCCUCUUUAGAAGAAGUUUUACCUAAGAGGACAGGUUUUUUUGGGUUUUUUUCCUAAAAGAAGAGCAAAAGUUUGGUUGGAGAGGGGAAUUGAAGGAGGACUAAGACCCCCUUCUGUAGGACUGUAGCCACAGGGUGGAAAAAUUAUUUCUUUUUCUUGAGUUUUUGCAAAUUUUAAAACAAAAGACUAUCCUUCAAUGUGUCUGGAACUUCUGGGGAUUGGAGUCGGCAUGCAUUUCGGAGUGCUCUUCCUGUCUCUCUGGUACCUGCCACUCGUCAGCGGUGAGGGAGACCCCAUCCCCGAAGAAAUAUAUGAAAUGCUGAGUGACAGCUCCGUGCGCUCCAUCAGAGACCUCCAGCAGGUCCUGCGAAUAGACUCCGUAGAAGCAGAUAGCCCUAGUUCCUACCUGAACUCCACUAGAUUACAUCCUGGUCCUUUGUCUCGAGGGAAACGCAGUCUGGAUGGAGAAGAACCAGUCGAAACAGCAGUACUUGCUGAAUGUAAGACACGGAUAGAAGUGUUUGAAAUCACCCGGAGCAUGGUGGAUUCCACUAAUGCCAAUUUCCUUGUGUGGCCACCAUGUGUGGAAGUGCAGCGGUGCACAGGCUGCUGUAAUACCCGAAGCAUGCAGUGUCGCCCCACGCAGGCUCGUGUGAGACAUGUGCAGGUAAAUAAGAUUGAAAUUGUCCUAAGGAAGCCAGUCUUCCAUAAAGCCGUUGUGGCCUUGGAGGACCACCUGGAAUGCCGAUGUGAGCCAGUUUCAUCCCGACUUCCCAGUCAGUCAAAUUUACACCCGCGCAAAGGUGGUCCACUACCAAGCACCGUAGCUUCUCUUCCAACAAGGGCACAAGUGCGCCAGUUGCCGGCACGAAAGAGGAAGCAUCGGAAGUACAAGCAAUUACAUGAUAAGAAGGCGCUGAAAGAAAUCUACCCAGCAUAGAAGCGCUGGCAGGCAAAAGUGCAAAUGUCAGGUUUAUUAUUUAAUAUAUUUGCUGUAUUGCCCCCAUGGGGUUCUCAGAGUUUCUCUCCGUCCAUCUGCUUCAACGCUACUUUGGACGGCCAAUGGUGCUUCCCGAUCCCUCGCUCACUGGACGUUCUCCCACCAAAGUUGACCCUUGGAGUUCUCCCUUCUUAAUCGCAUUUUCCCAAAGGAACAAAACUGAGGCGGGGAAUAAGCCGAAGAAAACACAGCCGUUUGGAUGGACAAUAUGCUUCCUGCUGCAAGAGAUGCAGGGGAAAUAUAGCAAAGACUUGUGAUUCCAGUCUCCCCUUGGGGUGGGUUGGAUCAGGAGGACAAGAAGUUAUUUUCCCCCUCCUCCUUUUCCACCCAGCAGUUAAUUGGACUCAGGCUGUUUACAGUGACAAUGGGCACAAAGUCAAGGCAGUCAGAAUGACAACCAGUGACAGCAUAUGCACUAAGGACUUCUAUUGUCAUGUCUGAAUAGAUUAUUUUUAAUUGUAUGUAUGUAUAUUUUUAUUUUUAAAACCACUAAACCAUGUCAUGCCUCGGGGAUCAGAACUAAUGCAAGCAAAAAUACAUGUAUCAACACUUUUUGCUGUUUACAAACUGUGUAUGAACAGGAAGAGAGGCGCUGUCCUCUGGGGAACCACUGCCCCACCUAACCCGGGCCUUCUCGGCACGUGAUUAUAAGGAGGGUGAGGCUUAUCUGGUUUCCUAUCUCCUCUUUAAGUUGGAAUUUGUAUUUCUCCUCACCUCCUCCCCAUUUUUUGGUGGUAUGGAUCACUGUGAGCUUUUGUUCAUGGAUUUACAUAAAGUAAAGUUAAGAUUACCACACUGGGUGAACUGGGGCUCCUAGCCUGCUAUACAGUUACUGUUUCCAUGACUUCUAAAAUCAGGCUGUACAGUCAGACCUUCACGAUGGCAGGUUUAACUUUUGUGGAUUUGAUGAUUCACAAAUGGGAUUAAUACUGGUCAGUGGUUCUCAACUUUUGGGUCCCCAGGUGUUUUGGUCUACAAGUUCCAUAAAUCCCAGCCAGUUUACCAGCUGUUAAGAUUUCUGGAAGUUGAAGGCCAAAACAUCUGGGGACCCACAAGUUGAGAACCACUGCUCUAGGUCCUCCAAUAUGAUUCUGUGGUCAACUUCUGCCAGACAUUCAGCCUAGAAUCACCCUGAAGGAUUUCGAAAUUCCUAAAGAAGUGUUCUUUCAGGUUAAAAAAAAACUUUUUAAGUUCAUGUUUUUUCCACUUUAAUGGAGUUUCUGCAUCUCUAUUUCCCAUGGAAGUUGAAAGGAUACUGUAAUUAUGUUGUUAAUUGUAGACGAGGGCAUAACAACCUUGGAAAAAUUGCAUGACAAUUCCCACGAUAUCUCCCAGACCAUACUCAGUGUGCAUCCACACUGUAGAAUUAAUGCAGUUAGACACCACUUUAACUGCCAUGGCUCAAUGCUAUGGAAUCCUGGGAUUUGUAGUUUGAUGAGUCACCAACACUCUUGGGCAGAGAAGGCUAAAGAAUUUGUAAACCUACAAUAGCUAGGGUGCCAUAGCAUUGAAUUAUAACAGUUAUAAAGUGGUGUCAAACUGGAUUACUUCUACAGUGUAGGUGCACCCUUAGUGUUGUUGGAUUUUGAAUUAGAGUCAGGCUUGGCUAGUAUUUGGGACAGAGGCAACUGGGGAGUACCAUGAAUUUCCAAGUAUUGCUAGGAAGAAAUCCUGCAUUAAACUCAAAGAACAGCUAACAAUCAGAAUUGACCAUACUUGGCUAAAUGGACCAGUGGUCUGGUUCACUAUAAGAUAGCUUCCCAUGCUUCUAACCCCAGUAUAGCCCCUGGCCACCCAGCCUCGGGCAUUCUGAGAAACAGGAAAGUAAGCCUUUCAGGCUCAGGCUUUCAUACAAUGUCACAUUCGUAAGGGAUCUCAAAUGCCAGUAUAGAGAGAAAUUAGUACUUGGGACCAAGAAGGGACAAAAUUAAUUAGGGCAAACAGUUAUGAUUCAGUGGAUUGUUGCUAAAGGUGAACCAACUGACAUUGUAUCAUCAGCGCUUCCCAUUUUCAUUUAUUGUAUUUGACCUUAUGUUCAAACACUGCAGUUGCUCCUCUUUCUCUGGUAUAGUCAUUAAUAUCCCAUUUCUAAUUCAUAUUAGCAGUCUCAGGGUGACAUCUUCCAAUCUAAAGUAACUGGAGUUACGCAAAGCCUCAUUAUAACCACAGGAGAUUCUGCACAAAAGAUCUCAAAGAUGAGACCCUAUAUGCUAAUAAUGCUGAAUCCUUUUGCAUUUUAUUCUGUACUACUAGUACUAUCUAACCAAAGUCUCCAGACAAGGCCAAGAGAACAGAGGAAGGAUGGUCUCGGAUCACUGCUUGCUAUGAUCAUUUUCUUUGUUUCCACUACACUUUGUUUUGCCUUGAACUGCAGAGUUCACAAAAUAUUCCAAAUUACCAAAGGAUGCAAUCCACUGAAGCUUUUGUGUAACCACGUAGAACAGGAUAGUGGCCUACUUUCAGGAAUGGCUACAAAAAUGAAAUAGCAAAGGAAAGGGAUUAGUUACUGACAUAUCCUUAGAGAGCAGAGACUUCAUAACUGUUAUUUUCCACCUACAUCUUCAGCAGAGCUAGGAAAAGCUUUUCUAAAAACAUCAAUAUUUUCCAUAAUCCCCAGAUGGGGAUUGCAGGAGUUUUGAUCAUGACACAGUCUAAGUGCUGUUCUUUAUCCCUUGUGACUCACUAUAUCCUCUUGUUGCAAAGGAGAAAAAGCAAACCAUAAUAUUGAAGGAGGGUGAAUAGUCUGAAUUUGCACAAAGUAGCCUUUCCCAAUCUGGUGCCAUCCAGUUCUAUUGGACCACAAAUAUGCCAUAGCCAUAGCAAAUGAGAUAAUGGAGUCCUACAUCUCUGAAAGAUGCUGGUUUGAGGAGACUGUGCUAAGUUUCUGGAAAUGAAAACUCUUCUUUAGAUAUAAUUUCCCUUCUACUGGUUGCCUUAGUUGUUUUUUUCUGCAAUAUCAAGCAAAGUAGAACCAGCUUGAUGUAGUGACUUGGGUGUUAGACUAAGAGUCCAAUAAAUCAGCUUUCAUAUCCCUACCAAAACAUGAUGCAGUUUGAAUGGACUAUAGUACAUGGGAAUGCUUCCAACGCCAUCUCGGGUAAACCAGAUGCAUAGUUGGGCUCAGUACCAGGAUAGGUAUGUUUGUUUGAAGGUGACAGAUGCAAUUUUGCCCUAGAAGAUGAAGAUCUAUAAACUUAAUAGAGCAGUGGUUCUCAACUUGUGGGUCCCCAGAUGUUUUGGCCUUCAACCCCCAGAAAUCCUAACAGCUGGUAAACUGACUGGGAUUUCUGAGUAUUGUAGGCCAAAACACCUGGGGACCCACAGGUUGAAAACCACUGUGAUAGAGGCAGUCUGUAGGAGAAAUAAAAACCUUGCUUCAAUAAUCUAAAACACAGAAAUCAUGCUAAAUCAGCCAAAGGUUUCAAAUUACCUAUUUUUCCAGUUUGGCCACAGAUGGAUAGAAUCCAUGAAGGAAGCCACAGCCCUGAGUCUGUAAGAUUUCAGCAGGGCUGUUGAUAACAGGGUAACUAACUUGGAGGCUUCUCCUUCAUAGAACUGCCUUAAGUCCAACGUUAUGGCAAUUAACAAAGACAAUCAGCUUGGCUCCAAAACUCAGUCUUUCUUCCCUUGGCAAGGCAGGUUUUGGCUCCAUUUACUUGUAUAGAAUGAAUGGAAAGAGCCUGCCACUUCUUAAUACAACACGGGCAUAAGAGGAAUGGGGCUCGACUCCUUUUCCAAUUGCAGCUAUUUUCCCCUUGCAUCUGGCAAUUAUACAGUGCUUUCAUUCCAUUCACUUGAACAGAGUAAGAAGGGAGGAGGGUACACAAUGAUCUUCGAUCUUCAAUCCUGUCCAGAAAAAUAACAGAGGACUAUUUCACUCUAGGAGCUGAAUUUCUAUGCAGCACCUGGAAUUUAAGCAGCUUCUCAUACUACCUGUUGUAUUUGGUUGGCCCAGUCACAAAGAAGUCAAUGGGCAACAAAUAUUCUGCUUCGUGGCCUCUGACAAAUAAUGUGUGUUUAAUGGUAUGGUCAGGCUUUUUACUGGAAAAUAAAUGAAUAAACCAUAAAGCAACA